CUUCAUCACCGGCCGCGUCCUUGCAGAGACGAUGUUGCGGUCACUUGUCUUUGAAACGGCGCAUAUUUAACGCACAUUUCUCGCAGUGACUGUUAAAAGUAAAAUAAAAAAAGAUGACAGUACUGAAAGAAAUCCCGGAGAAAUGGUUUCCUAUCGUUCUCCCCCUGCACAGACAGAAACAGAAAGGACUUGAUGGAGGCAAAUCGAAAAAGGGGAAGACAGAGGAGGAGAGACGGGUCAGAGCCAACAACAGAGAGUACAACGAAAAGUUCCAGUAUGCGAGAAACUACAUCAUGACAUCCAAGUACAACGUCAUCACUUUUCUGCCCGUCAACUUGUUUGAGCAGUUCCAGGAAGUGGCCAACACCUACUUCCUUUUCCUGCUCAUACUGCAGUUGAUACCUCAGAUCUCCUCCCUCUCCUGCUUCACCACCAUCGUGCCUUUAGCUCUGGUGCUGAGCAUUACUGCAGUCAAGGAUGCCAUGGACGAUUAUUUUCGUCACAAGAGCGACAACCAUGUAAACAACAGACAGUCUCAGGUCCUCCUCCGUGGCCUUCUUCAGAAUGAAAAGUGGAUGAAUGUUCGAGUGGGUGACAUCAUUAAACUGGAGAACAACCAGUUUGUGGCAGCUGACCUGCUCCUGUUGUCCAGCAGUGAACCUCACGGACUCUGUUACAUUGAGACAGCUGAGCUGGAUGGAGAGACCAAUAUGAAGGUGCGUCAGUCUGUAUCAGUGACAUCCGAACUUGGGGACCCAAACAACCUUUCCUCAUUCGACGGUGAAGUGGUGUGUGAGCCCCCCAACAACAAGCUGGAUCGUUUCUGUGGAACUCUGUACUGGAGGGACAAGAAGUACACUCUUAACAACCAGAACAUGCUGCUACGAGGAUGUGUCCUCCGCAAUACUGAAGCCUGCUAUGGCCUCGUCAUCUUUGCAGGCCCGGACACCAAGCUAAUGCAGAACAGCGGUCGCACUAAGUUUAAGCGGACAAGCAUUGAUCGUCUGAUGAACACUCUGGUCCUCUGGAUCUUUGGCUUCCUCGUGUGCAUGUGUGUGAUCUUGGCUGUUGGUAAUGCAGUGUGGGAGCGAGAGGUUGGCUCCCUGUUUCAGAGCUACCUGCCCUGGGACCCACCGGUGGACAACUUCCUGUUCAAUGCUUUCCUCUCCUUCUGGUCCUACGUCAUCAUCCUCAACACCGUGGUGCCUAUUUCUCUGUAUGUCAGUGUGGAGGUGAUCCGGCUCGGUCACAGUUACUUCAUUAACUGGGACCAGCAGAUGUUCUGCUCUCAGUGUAACACAGCAGCCGAGGCCAGGACCACCACUCUAAAUGAAGAGCUGGGUCAGGUUGAAUAUAUCUUCAGUGACAAGACGGGAACUCUUACUCAGAAUAUCAUGAGCUUCAACAAGUGUUCCAUCAAUGGAAGUACUUAUGGUGAAGGCACAGACCCACUUGGACCUCAGCCAAAGAGACUGGACUUUACUCACUUCAACCCUCUGGCAGACCUGGACUUCUGUUUCUAUGAUGACACGCUACUGGAAUCAGUGAAAGUGGGAGACCCACACACUCAUGAGUUUUUCCGCCUGCUCUCCCUCUGUCACACUGUCAUGAGCGAAGAGAAGAGUGAGGGAGAGCUGGUUUAUAAGGCUCAGUCUCCAGAUGAGGGCGCUUUAGUGACGGCAGCUCGAAACUUUGGCUUUGUGUUCCGCUCCCGAACGCCUGACACCAUCACUACCACGGAGAUGGGACGACCUGUCACCUACUCUCUGCUUGGCAUUCUGGACUUCAACAACAUACGCAAAAGGAUGUCUGUUAUAGUGCGAAACCCAGAGGGCAGGAUCCGCCUUUACUGUAAAGGAGCUGACACUGUGCUGCUGGAGAGACUCCACCCCUGUAACCAGGAGCUGAUGAAUAUCACCUCAGAACAUCUCAAUGAAUAUGCAGCUGAUGGCCUCCGGACAUUGGCACUGGCCUACAGAGACCUGUCCGAGGGCGAGUGGGAGGCUUGGUCAGAGAGCCACCGCUGUGCUGGCAAGGCUGCCAACUGCAGAGAAGACCACCUAGCAGUUACCUAUGAGCAGAUAGAGCAAGACAUGAUGCUCCUGGGUGCAACAGCCAUCGAGGACAAGCUGCAGGAAGGUGUACCCGAGACCAUUGCUGUUCUCUCUCUGGCCAACAUUAAAAUCUGGGUUCUCACUGGAGACAAGCAGGAGACAGCUGUCAACAUAGGUUACUCGUGCAAGAUGCUGACAGAUGAUAUGACUGAGGUGUUCAUCAUCAGUGGUCACACGGUCCAGAGCGUGCGGCAGGAGCUGAGGAGAGCGAAGGAAAGGAUGAUAGAGCUGUCACGAUCCACAGAUGGAGGGAAGGAGGCAGGGAUGGAGGGAUGGGGAGAGGCACGCUUCACUGGUAAUGGAGUCAGAGAAGGGCAAGAGGAAGGAGGAGGAGGUGGAGGAGAAAAGCAGCUGCAUUGCUCCUCUCCUCCUCCUCCUCCUCCUCCUCCCCCUCUUCCUCCACCUCCUCCUCCACCUUCCUCCAAUGUCAUGGACAGCAUCUCUGGAGAGUUUGCCCUCAUAAUCAACGGUCACAGUCUGGCCCAUGCUCUCGAAGCAGACAUGGAGACUGAAUUUGUGUCAACAGCGUGCGCGUGCAAAGCAGUGAUCUGCUGCAGAGUCACACCACUGCAAAAAGCUCAGGUGGUGGAGCUCAUCAAGAAACACAAGAGGGCUGUCACUCUGGCUAUAGGAGACGGCGCUAAUGACGUUAGCAUGAUUAAGAGCGCUCAUAUUGGUGUUGGUAUCUCGGGUCAGGAGGGGAUUCAGGCCGUACUGUCCAGUGACUACUCUUUCUCCCAGUUCCGCUUCCUUCAGCGGCUCCUGCUGGUCCACGGCCGCUGGUCCUACCUGCGCAUGUGCCGUUUCCUCUGCUACUUCUUCUACAAGAACUUUGCCUUCACCAUGGUGCACUUCUGGUUCGGUUUCUUUUGUGGCUUCUCCGCUCAGACUGUUUAUGAUCAGUACUUCAUCACCCUCUUCAACAUCGUCUACACCUCACUCCCUGUGCUGGCCAUGGGGAUAUUUGACCAGGACGUUCCUGACCACAGGAGUCUGGAGUAUCCAAAGCUGUAUGAGCCCGGGCAGCUCAACCUCCUUUUCAACAAAAAAGAGUUCUUCAUCUGCAUCACCCAGGGUAUUUACACAUCAGUGGUGCUGUUUUUUGUCACCUAUGCUGUCCUGUCUGAUGCCACCCAGAGCAACGGAGUGCCCCUUGCCGACUACCAGACCUUCGCUGUCACCACGGCCACAGCUCUGGUCAUCGUGGUCAGCGUACAGAUCACUCUCGACACCGGCUUCUGGACAGUCAUCAACCAUGUGUUUGUGUGGGGCUCGCUCGGCUCUUUCUUCACCAUCAUGUUUGCACUACACAGUCAGGCCCUCUUUAGGAUCUUUCCCAGUCAGUUCCACUUUGUAGGUAGUGCACAGAGCACACUAUUGCAGCCAGUCGUGUGGUUAACUAUUGCAAUGGCUACAGCAAUAUGCAUAGUUCCAGUCUUGGCAUUCCGCUUCCUCAAGCUGGACCUGAAACCUCAGCUCUCCGACACGGUUCGCUACACUCAGUUGGUGCGGCAGAAGAAGCGAAAGCCAGUUGGUCGCAGUGUGGGAGAUGCCUGGCGCGGCGUGGGCAGCAUGUCAGAGGGUCGUCUGGGUGCUCGGGGUGGUUCUAGGAGGUCAGGCUAUGCCUUUGCCCACCAGGAGGGGUUUGGGGAGCUGAUCACCUCAGGAAAGAACAUGAGGCUCUCGUCUAUGGCCCUGGCCAACUUUGCCUCCAGACACAGCUCCAGCUGGAUCGACACACUCCGCAGGAAGAAACACACUCCACCCAGCACCUCAGGGGAGUGCAGUCCAGCACCCAGUUGUGUCUCUGGGUCAGCUCCUCCACUUUCAAACUCCUCUUCUGUUCUGGGCGGCUCACAGGAUACACCCAUUGAGGAAGAAACAGGCGCGGCACCAACCCAACACGCACAGUCUGUUCCUACUUCAUCCACACAAUCGUCACAAUUUGUAACACCAGAGUCAGAACCAGCUGCCCCUCAGGGUCAGGGUCAUGCUCAGGCCGUGAGCGCUGGCGUCUUCAGCUCCUCACCAUUGAGAUGCCAUGGAGACUCAGCUGGAGGCUGGAUGCUCACUCUCAGUGCAGUGCAGGAAGCUCUGUUUGGUUGGAAGAGUAUUUCAGCUCGCACCACUGCAUCAAGUAGCCAAGGCCUACCUUCUGUUGCCAAGGAAACCAGCCAUGUUGAAUAAAGCGUUCGUUAUAAAUGGAGGAGUUACUUAUUUUCUCAGCGUUUUGCACACGCAUACAGGAUAAUGUUCUCUGCUGAGCACAUAGACUUUUAGUAAAGGACACAGCAUCGUCCUCUGUUUCCCAGCUGAUGUGUCUCAAAAUAAAUCAUUUCUGUCUACAUCGCAAGAGGAAGUGCUACUUCCGGAUGAAUGGACUGUAACCUGGGAUUUUAUGGCGAUAUGUAGGGACUGUCUCCAAGAGUGUUCACUGAUAGAACACCCUGCGAUAAGCUAACUUAUUAUGGUGUUUUUUUGACAAGUAUUUGUCUCCUUCACAGUAAAGGCACACAGUCAACGUUCAACCACGGAAGUGCAGACAUUGUUAUCUGUAUUUUUUGUCUCUGCCUUCACUAUAGUUCUCAGUGAGAACGGUACCUUCAUUUGCAGGACUUUGCAAGACUUUUCUGUCAUUGAUUUACUUUCCUAUUUAUUUGUCCUCUCAGAAUCAGAAUCAGAAUCAGAAUCAGAAGAGCUUUAUUGCCAAAUACGA